AUGUUUCUCCCAAGCGUUCACGCCGAAACAGACACGGAGGUUCUCCUUCAAUUCAUUCGCGAGAACCCACUCGGAAUUCUGAUCACAGGCCUCAAAUCCUCCGAGCAGGACUUUCUACAGUGCACACACGUUCCAUGGGUGCUCGAUGUACCAGAAGAGUCUGAAGACUCGAGUCCUCGCAUCCGCGGACAUAUUGCCAAGCAAAACCCACAAGUGAAGGCAAUGAUUGAGGCUGUCGAUCAAAAGCCACCAAAUCAUGAUCACUAUGAUCCCCCAAAAUUCUAUGUCGAGACCAAGCCCGACACUAGAAAAGUCGUCCCUACAUGGAACUAUUCUGCAGUCCAAGUAUACGGCAAGCUUUCUCUUUAUUAUGACUCAAAGACGCCCGAGGCUGGCGCAUUCAUUGCUCAGCAAAUUCACGAUCUCUCCUCUCAUACUGAGAAGUCAAUCAUGGGCUAUACGGGUGGUGAUCGGCCCGAGGCAUGGACGGUUGAUGAGGCUCCAGAGCGCUACGUUGAUCUUCUCAAGAGGAAUAUUAUGGGAAUCGAGAUUCAAGUCAAGAAGAUCCAGGGCAAGUUCAAGAUGAGCCAGGAAAUGCGAUCUGGCGAUCGUGAAGGUGUCGUUAAAGGAUUCCAGUCCAUGGGAACUGAAACUGGCACCGCUAUCUCAGAGAUGGUGAAGGGGCGAGGAGAACUACAUGACCUGAAGAAGGCAGGCAACUGA